AUGCAUUUCCAGAAGCUCGCCAUCGUCUUUGCCCUUUCGGCCAUCGGUCUCGCUCAGGAUGUCGACAACGAUGAUGUCCCCAUGCAGUGCCGCGACGUCUGCGCUUCUGUUGUUACACUGACCCGUGACUGUGACAACAGCACCACCGACGAUGCCGCAGAGCGUCAGUGCAUCUGCAAUGGCCAGAACGCCAACACCGCCAUUCCCCUCUGCGCAGCCUGCAUCGUCCAGAACGGAGGAGAGUUGGACAACGAUGUCUCCGACAUCGUUCGCGAAUGCUCCUUCAGCACCACUUCCUACAACCCCUCGGCCGCUUCUACUGCCCCUCCGGCUUCUGCUUCCGGUACGUCUGCUGCCUCUGUCGCUUCCUCCGUCGUUUCGUCGAUCGCAUCGAGGAUUUCCAACGCUUCCUCCGUCGUUCCGACAACUACCGUGUCGGGGACUUCUGGUUCUUCUGGUGCACCGUCUAACGCUGCUUCAGCGACCUCGGGUACCGGUGGUGGUAACGCGCAGCAAACCACCAAUGCUGCGCCUGCGCCGACCAUGGCUGCUGCGGCUAUCGGAUUGGGUGGCCUUCUUGGUGUUGCUGGACUUAUCUUGUAG